UUAUGAGGUCUAAUACAAAGGCUCCUAGUGAUAGCACACUGCACUUGGGUGAAGUAAUGUGUGGAUCCCUAACUCUGAAUGGUAUACAUGGUUUCAUAAAUUUAGAUUCUUGUUUCAGAGGUCAACAUAUCUGGCAACAAUGGGUUUUCUUUGCCAAGAUAAAGAUGUAUCUUAUGACUUACAUGUGCAAGAGUCAAGACUCAAGAGUGAGAGAGUCCACAUGUAACGGGCAUCAUGGUUAUCGAAGGUUGAUGAUCUAACAAUAUGCGUGAGCUUUCUUUAUCGAAACGGAAGAAGUAUCAUUUUGCUAGUCUCUGCUUUCUUUGUCUUACUAUCACCUAGUCACCUUCCUGGCAUUUACCACUCUCAAGUUGAUAGGCUGAUAGAUAGUGAUGCAUCAGGAUCCAUUCCACCAGUCGAGCCACAUGGUAUUGAAAUAUUGCCCUCCGUUCACGCUUCACUGUCUAUCUUAACUAUUGACAAAGAAGGAAAUGGAACAGCGGUUCACCUAUUUCAACCGCGAUGUUAGUUUUUGUAGUUCACUGAAUUUUCCUCCAUCUUCUCCACCCAAUCUUAUCGCCAGCUUACCAGUGCAAUAUCUAUGGAUAUUGUGGUGCAUACGGCUACUGCGACAACACAGAGGCAAUUCCCACAUGCAAGUGCCUUGAUGGAUUUGACCCUAGUGACAAAACAAAGUGGGUCAGAGGCAAUUUUUCUCAUGGUUGCCGGAGAAAGGAAGAACUGCAGUGUGGUGGAGAGGACAAUUUCUUGACCUUGCCAGCAAUGAAGGUGCCAGACAAAUUUGUACGCCUGUGGAACAAAAGCUAUGAUGACUGCUAAGUGGAGUGCAGCAAAAAUUGCUCAUGUGUAGCAUAUGCUUAUGCUAAUCUAAGCACCAGCAACAUUGAUGGGGAUGCAACAAGGUGCCUGAUGUGGACCGGGGAGCUGAUUGAUGUGGAGAAGGGUCGCACCAUCGGCUAUGAGAACCUGUAUCUCCGCCUUGCUGCCUUGUCAAGCAAAGGGCGAAAGAGCAUCGUAAUAAAAGUUAUACCAGCAAUUUCAGCAAGUGUGUUGCUGAUACUUCUAUUGGCAUGCCUUGUAUGGUUCCGCAAGCUUAAAGGCAAACAUGACAAGGAAGGAAGAUCAAAGAGACUGAUAAUGGGGGGUUUGCGCAUUAGUGAUGGACUUGGAGAGGAAACUCAUGAACUUCCAUUUAUUAGCUUCGAGGAAAUAGUUGCUGCAACAAACAACUUCUCUAUGUCCAAUUUACUUGGAGAAGGCGGCUUUGGCAAAGUUUACAAGGGGCUCUUACGUGGCAACAAAGAAGUUGCUGUUAAAAGGCUGAGUAGAGGUUCUGGGCAGGGGGCAAUAGAGUUCAGUAAUGAAGUAGUUGUGAUUGCUAAACUGCAACACAAGAACCUUGUAAGGCUUGUCUGUUAUUGUGUGCAGGGUGAUGAAAAGCUACUUAUUUAUGAGUAUCAACCAAACAAAAGCCUUGACACCUUCCUUUUGAAUUCUGAAAAGAAGUCAAUGCUCCACUGGCCGACACGAUUCAAUAUAAUAAAAGGAGUGGCUAGGGGGCUACUCUAUCUCCAUCAAGAUUCAAGACUGAUGAUAAUUCAUAGGGAUCUGAAAACAAGCAACAUUUUGCUAGAUGGAGAUAUGAAUCCCAAGAUAUCUGAUUUUGGCAUGGCAAGAAUCUUUGGUGGAGAUGAGCAACAGGCGAACACUAACCGAGUUGUCGGAACAUACGGUUAUAUGUCUCCAGAAUAUGCAAUGGAAGGCCUCUUUUCUGUUAAGUCUGAUGUCUAUAGCUUUGGAGUGUUGCUCUUGGAAACUGUAAGUGGUCUAAGGAUUAGCUCAACCGAGAACAUCAAGGAGUUCCCCAACCUUAUAAUAUAUGCAUGGAGUCUAUGGAAGGAAGGGUUAGCAAUGGAUUUGGUGGAUCCUUCAGUUCCAGAGGGCUGCUCGAAUGAAGACGUUUUGUGUUGCAUCCAUGUUGGGCUCUUGUGUGUUCAGGAUGAUCCGGAUGCCAGACCACUCAUGUCAACCGUUGUAUCAACCUUGGAGAGUAGAAGCACACCACUUGCAAGGCCUGAUAAGCCACUGUAUUUUUCUCAGAGAAAUAAGGCAGCAAAGAGAGCAGACUACGGUGAGGACUCUGUGGAUAUGGAAGCCCUUACAGUACUGGAGGGGCGAUAGGGUCUCAAAGUUUUCAAGUUCCACCCAUGCACUGUUUCCUGUUCUCCCAAGCUUGCAUUGAGAUGAUUUUGCAGCACUCUUUCAAAGCCAAAGCUUCCAAAAGUUGUGAUUUCACCCCCUCAGUUCAAAGAUGAAGUCCGCCGGGAGGACAAGGUUAUGGUCAACUUUGAUGCUGCCGUCUUCUUACAAUCUGAAUGUAUUGGUGCUGGUGUUGUUCUGUUGUGUCCCCGUGAUCACUGGUAUGUUCCUGAACGCUCACCAUCGCUUCUAGGAGAAGGUUUGCCAUCCUGAACCCGCUGAAGCAAUGGCCACUUGAUAUACUUUAUCCUGUUCUCUUGCUGAUGGUAUUCAGAGCUUCUGAUUGUUCUUCUCUGGUGGCUAAGCUGAAUGCCUCCAAAAGCUGAUCGGUCGUCUACUGGUACUACAUCAAGCUGUUAGCAUUGAAGUUUGUUUCAGUUUCCAUAUUCAUGUUAGUUGAGUCUGUAAUAGGGCGGCUACUGCUAUCAUGCGAUCGGCGGAGCAUGUCGUCGUAGGUGCUUGGUAUGUUGAAGCUCCGGAUUUCAUCCGAGCUCUGCUUUGUAAUGAACUUGUUGUGAUUAAAUCAAUGAAGCGCCGCCCAUUACCUAAAAAAAA